GCCUUUAUCGUUAUUCCAGGAACUGCAAUUUUGGGAAGACCCAAGUCUGUUGAUAAUAAAUACGGGAUUCACCUUACGGAGAAUCAGUACAGAGGAGCUGCACUUUAAAAACAAUCACUGGUGAUGAGGUCUGACAUUUUCGGGGCAAAUGAUGGCAAACUUCAUAGCACAGUUUGGGCAAAAUUGCAAUCUAGAUUACAGCUCCGUGCCAAUGUUUCAAAACGAAAAUUUGGAUACGUCAAGUUUAUAUGCCUAUACAGACUGGGUACGGACACCAAGACCAUGCAAAGACGUCUUAAGACAAGCUAUUCGUGUGAGCAGAAUCAAGAAAGGACAAGAAAUGCCUGUGAUUGACAAAUCUAGCACAGUUCCGCAUAAGAGAAGGAAGCCCAUGCAAGGGGACAUUCCCAAAGAAAUGUUAAUAAGAAGGCAAAAGAACCGGGAAGCUGCGAAAAAAUGCCGGUUGAAGAAAAGAAAAAAUGAAGAAAUACUAAAAGGGAAAAUCCAAAAGUACAAGGACAAGAACAGUGCAAUAGAGAACGAGAUUAAACAAUACAGAGACGAAGUAUCCCAGUUACAAAGCUUGCUGCAGCAACACAACUGUAAGAAGGAUGCAACAAAGUCUAAGCAACAUUGCCCUGAAGUUACUGCGAGUACAUCAUCACAACACAGUGCCAAACUACAUAAAGUACCGACAACCGCUGAAGAGGAAAUCGCGGGCUCAAUUGAUGAUUUGCUCACCGAACUUCAGGAUGACGACGGCUGGUGUGAAGAACUAGUAAACUUCAUGUAAGAAUAUCAGACAGGUUUCAUG